CCCUCGGAGCCCGCGGGGCCCGCGGGGCCCGACGAUGAUUCCGACCCCGACCCCGAGGACGAGCCAGAAGAAUUGUUGGCAGAAUCGAAUUUGUCCACCCUCGUGCUCCGGAAGUGGGCCUGGGGAUACAUCCACGCCACAGAGGCUCAUGAAUAUCUGCUCGCAGCCUACAAGGAUGGGUUGGACCUCGUGCCCGAAAUAGCGAAAGUUGCUCAGAUGGGCGCUUGGGGGUCGCAACCUGGGUCUAUCCACAGGGCCUUGACUACUGCCUACCUCAAAGAUAACACAUUUCCCGCGGCGGAG